AUGGAUACUUCCAAGAUUAAGAAGCUGUUUGAGCGAAACCUGUACACUGGAGAGAACUUCUUUCACGAGAUUGCAAGAUCAGGAGAUUGGAUGUGGCUGUAUGAAGUUGGUCACUUAGUGGAUAAUACGACCAAGUCUUUACUGCAAGAGCCGAACUAUAAAGGUGAAAAUUGUGUCCACGUAGCAGCGUCAUCGAAAAGAGGGCCGCAAGCAAUACUGUUAAUCGAAUUGUUAGUGAAAAUGGGAGCUAAUCUUAACGCAGGAAACUCAUGCGCGGGUGAUACUGUACUUCACCAGGUGGUCUAUAACAAAGAUUACCAACUAGCUGCGUGGCUGUGUAAGCAGUCAAGCAUCAAUUUAGAAAGACAAAAUCACGCCAGGCUGACGCCAUUUCAAACGGCAUUAGGUGACAUAAAAAUGAUGAAGAUACUCAGAACCCAUGGUGCAAUUGCUCGGGGAGUAAGCGACAGUGACGAAGAAGAAGAAAAAAGUGAUUCCGCAUAA